CUACUCCCCUUCUUCUAUCUUUGCUUGCCCCAUAUCUACCGCAAGCCUUCCUGCUACCAUUACUCCAAUCCGACCUUGGAGGCCGCGCUGAUGGCUGAAGGGAGUGCCUGUUUCGACUGGGACGUGGCGGCCGCGAGCUUCGGCCAUGGCGGUGUUGCACAACACUUCGUUCAUAAUGAUGGUGGUGCUCUAGCCGGGGGGGUCGUCGUCCCUGGCGUCGGAUCAAGGGCUUUUGGUGGCAUCAACGAGAUGGAUACCACCACCUUCCCCCGCUACGGCAGCAGCGACGCCCCUACGGCAAUCGCGGCACCUGCUCGGGCGCCGCCGCGUGCCAGAUCCAGCGGCCGAAGGCUCACACGGUUCAAAAGGUCCUGGACCGUGGAAGAAGACACGCUGCUCAGGGCGAAGGUGCAGGAAUUCGGCAAAGGGAAGUGGACGAAGGUCGCGUUGUACCUCCCCGGCCGGAGCGGGAAGCAGUGCCGGGAGAGAUGGGUCAACAAACUUGACCCCAACAUUGAGAGGAAAAUCUGGACCGACGCGGAAGACAUCAAGCUGAUCGAGCUGCAUCAGACCUGGGGGAACCGCUGGUCGGUGAUCGCCCGGUUACUCUCCGGCCGGUCGGACAACGGCGUCAAGAACCACUGGAAUGCCACCAAGCGCAGUCUGAACGCGAAGCGCCGGCUCAAGAAGAGGAACAGCAAGCAGCCACCUCCUGGCCAGCUCUCCCUUCUUGCAGAGUACAUCCGCAGUGUGGAGCCGCACACCGGAUCACCCGUGGAGACACCUAUGAUGUCCCCACAAUUCUAUCAUGACCAAGAGCACUGUGGGCAGAUGGGGAUGGCCGGUAGAGAUGCUGCUAUCGUCAUCGCCCCUACCGUGCAGGCGCACCCGACCUACCCCAAUCCGGCCAUGACUGGUACGCACUACCACCCAAACCCGGCCAACAUGCAGUACUGGGCCCAGGAUUUGAAUGUCAUCGAUGGGCCAAAUGAGGGGUACCCGUACUACAUCCCUCCCAAUGUGCACCUCAACAACCGCCUGUGGUAUGGUUUGUCACCGACACAUAUGGUUAGUGAGCAAGACAUCCAGCAGGCGGCCAAUGCGAGCAUGAACAUGUACGCGUUCACCGGACAACAUUCCCUCCCGGCAAGCAACCUAAAGGCAGUGGCAGGGAUGCACCGUGAGUGCUCCGCCAACAACCAACUAGGCAACAUGGGUGGUGGAGCUGGCGGCUGGUCCUACUACUACGACAUAGAUGCCGUUGGUCCGAGCUGCCCUGCUGGAGGUAGUGCCAGCGUUAGCGACCCUGAUGAAAUCGACGUGGUGCAGAUGGCCUCGAGGGUGUUUGCCGCACAGGACUAGGAGGUGGUCACCCUUCGACGGACUAGAUUCAAGUGAGACAUAUAUGUCCCUGGAGGAUUUCAUGUCUAAAGAGAACAAUGAGAUUGUAUGUGUGUUGCGAUUAUGUACUUUCUUUGAUUUGAGUAUUUUGUAGAGUUACUUUAUGUGGUCCAUUUGGGGAAGUACAUUAAUUUGUUCGCAUUUUCUA